AUGCCUCUGGUCGAUCUGUAUACGAGUCGGCACUCCAAAACAUUAGCAAGUAUCGCGCAUUCAGCACGAACAGAGGCAGCACGAACGCUCAAUGCGAGCAAUCCAGCAUCUCUAUACUGUCUCCCAGCCGAGCUGAUCUGCGAGAUCUGUGACUAUCUUCCCACCGCAGAGACAUUCUGCCUGAUGAUAUGCUGUGCUCGCUUCUGGCAUGGCCGAACCGGCAUUCCAACCUUCAUCAAGGUGCGCCAGCUGGUCUGUCAACCACAACCACCACGCGUCAAAGAAAUUGAAGUGUCCACCAUCAUGGCCAAGAUUAAAAUACCCACGACGCUCGAGACAAGCCACUGGAUACGAGCUUUGUGUGACUCGCUUCCGUAUCCUCCGCCUGUUGGAGUUUGA